CCGCGCGCUCACGCACGCGCGUACUCCGCUCGCGUCCGGCUGCCGUAGCUAACGUUAGCGUAGUUUACCGAAGAUGGCGGUUUGUAGACGUGUGCAGCUCCUCUUACUCUUCAUGUCCCUUUCCACUCGCUUUUUUUUUACUCAGGGAGCGAAGUCGCAGGGCGGCGUUAACGAGAACCUGGUGGAUAAUGCCGACAUGGGGAAAAACCCUGGAGCUCCGCUGCAGGAUGGGAAGCUUUUAGCAGCUGCGGCCUCUCAGCCUCGCCGCAGCACCGGCUGGAAGCUGGCAGAGGAGGAGGCCUGUCGGGAGGACCUGACCAGGCUUUGUCCCAAACAUUCCUGGAACAACAACCUGGCCGUGCUCGAGUGCCUGCAGGACCGAAAAGAGGACACGGAAAUAUCAACAGAUUGCAACCAUCUCCUGUGGAACUAUAAGCUGAACCUGACGACAGACCCAAAGUUUGAGUCUGUGGCUGUAGAGGUGUGCAAGAGCACCAUCAAUGACAUUAAGGAGUGUGCAGCAGAAGAGCGGGGAAAAGGCUACUUGGUAUCAUGUUUGGUGGAUCACCGCACUAACAUCACAGAAUACCAAUGCAAUCAGUACAUCACAAAGAUGACCAGCAUCAUCUUUAGCGACUACCGCCUCAUCUGUGGCUUCAUGGACAAGUGCAAGGAUGACAUUAACACGUUGCACUGUGGAAGUGUUAACACUGGUGAGAAGGAUGUGCACUCUCAGGGAGAGGUGAUAGCUUGUCUGGAGAAAGGUCUUGUGAGUGAAGUGGAGGAACAGACAGAACAUUAUUCUAUUAAAGAAGAUUGUAAGAAAGCCAUCAUGCGGGUGGCUGAGCUUUCCUCAGAUGACUUCCACCUGGACAGACACCUCUACUUCGCCUGCCGGGAUGACCGAGAGCGCUUCUGUGAAAAUAUUGCAGCAGGAGAGGGGAGGAUCUAUAAAUGUCUUUUCAACCACAAGUUUGAGGACACCAUGUCUGGGAAGUGUAGGGAGGCCCUCUCCACAAGACAGAAGCUGAUAGCUCAGGACUAUAAGAUCAGCUACUCACUGGCCAAGGCCUGCAAACAAGAUCUGCGCAAAUACCGCUGUAGUGUGGACACCACACUGCCCCGAGCUAGAGAGGCCAAGCUUUCCUACCUGCUGCUGUGCCUGGAGUCAGCUGUACACAGAGGACGAACCGUUAGUGGCGAGUGUCAGGGCGAGAUGUUAGACUACAGACGCAUGCUGAUGGAGGAUUACUCCUUGAGCCCUGAAAUUGUGCUGCACUGCCGAGGAGAAAUUGACACACACUGCUCCGGUCUGCACCACAAGGGCCGAACCCUACACUGCCUUAUGAGAGUGUCCAGGGACAAGGGCAUUAUGGACAACCUGUGCCAGAAGGCUCUCCAAACUCUAGUCCAAGAGACGGACCCCGGGGCAGAUUACCGGAUUGAUCGUGCCCUCAAUGAGGCCUGUGAGUCAGUCAUCCAGACCGCUUGCAAACACAUCCGCAGUGGAGACCCCAUGAUUCUGUCUUGUUUGAUGGAGCAUCUUUACACUGAUAAGAUGGUGGAAGACUGUGAGCACAGACUGUUGGAGCUGCAGUAUUUCAUCUCCAGAGACUGGAAGCUAGACCCUAUCCUGUACAGGAAGUGUCAGAACGAUGCUGCACGUAUCUGCCACACUCAUGGCUGGAAUGAGACCAGUGAGUUCAUGCCCCCGGGAGCCGUCUUUUCCUGCCUGUACCGACAUGCCUACCGCACAGAGGAGCAGGGCCGAAGGGAUUCCUCUGAACCCCAGAGUAAUGAUUCUUUGUCUCGUGACUGUAAGACGGAGGUACAGCGAAUACUCCACCAGAGGGCACUGGAUGUGAAGCUGGAUCCAGACUUGCAGAGGCGUUGUAUGACUGACCUGGGAAAGUGGUGCAGUGAGAAAACAACAGAACCUGGACAGGAGCUGGAAUGUCUUCAGGAUCAUUUGGAGGAUCUGGGCUCAGACUGUAGGGAUGUUGUGGGUAACCUCACUGAGCUGGAGUCUGAGGACAUUCAGAUUGAAGCCCUUUUGAUCCGAGCUUGUGAACCAGUCAUCCAAUCCUACUGCCACGAUAUGGCAGAUAAUCAGAUAGACACUGGAGAUCUGAUGGAGUGCCUUGUACUCAAUAAGCACCAGAAGGAGAUGAAUGAAAAAUGUGCAGUGGGAGUCACUCACUUUCAACUGAUCCAAAUGAAAGACUUCCGCUUUUCUUACAAGUUCAAGAUGGCUUGCAAGGAGGAUGUUCUCAAACUGUGCCCAAACAUCAAGAAGAAGGUGGAUGUGGUUAUCUGUCUGAGCACCACAGUCAGGAAUGACACUCUGCAGGAUGUGAAGGACCAGCGCGUCUCAAUGAAGUGCCGCAGGCAGCUCAGAGUGGAGGAACUGGAGAUGUCAGAAGAUAUCCGCCUAGACCCAGAUCUGUACGAGAGCUGUAGGCAGGACAUUAAGGACCACUGCCAGAAUGUCUUGUUCGGCAAUGCUCAGGUAAUUGAGUGUUUGAAGGACACUAAAAAACGCCUAAGCCCGCGCUGUCACCAGAAGGUCUUCAAACUGCAGGAGAAAGAGAUGAUAGACCCUGAACUUGACUUUCAGCUCAUGAGAGUGUGUAAGCAGAUGAUUAGGCGUUUCUGCUCUGAAUCUGAUGCCAAGAACAUGCUGCAGUGCCUGAAACAGAACAAGAACAGUGAGCUCAUGGAUCCCAAAUGCAAACAGAUGAUCACCAAGAGACAGAUCACCCAGAACACAGAUUAUCGACUGAACCCUGUGCUGAGAAAGGCCUGUAAGGCUGACAUCCCCAAGUUUUGCCAGCCCAUCCUGAACAAAGCAACAGAUGAUAAUGAGCUGGAGGGCCAGGUUAUCUCUUGCCUCAAACUCAAAUAUGCUGACCAGCGCCUCUCUCCAGACUGUGAGGAUCAGAUCAGGGUGAUUCUGCAGGAAUCUGCUUUGGACUACAGACUGGACCCUCAGCUACAGAUGCAGUGCACUGAAGAGAUCCCUAGGCUGUGUGCAGAGGAAGUAGCCGCACAGGAGCAGACAGGUCAGGUGGAGGAAUGUCUGAAAGUGAAUCUGCUGAAGAUCAAAAAUGAAGCCUGCAAGAAGGAGGUAUUAAACAUCCUGAAGGAGAGUAAGGCUGAUAUCUUUGUGGACCCAGUGCUGCAUACAGCCUGUGCUCUGGACAUUAAGCAUCAGUGUGCUGCUAUCCCUCCUGGCAGAGGAAGACAGAUGUCUUGUCUGAUGGAAGCUCUUCAGGACAAACGUGUAAGACUGCAACCCGAGUGUAAGAAGAGGUUACAGGACCGUAUCGAUAUGUGGAGCUAUGCCGCCAAGGUGGCACCAGCAGAAGGCUUCUCAGACCUGGCUAGUCAGGUUCUCUCUUCUCCUGCCAAGAGCUAUAUCCUGACCAUGAUGGGCAUGUGCGUGGUGCUGCUCUUUCUAAUGGGCUUGCUGUGCGGUCGCAUAACCAAGCGCGUCACCCAGGAACUGAAAGACAGAAAUCUUGGACGUCCUUGUACAGUUAGUGGGUUGCAUUCACAGGCAAGAAAUCGUAAGGACUACAACCCCCUUAACUGAUCUUGCUAAUUACUAGUAUUGCAAACUCCUGGCCCAUAAGUAAGUCCAAUUGCUAAUUUUACUUAUUUAAACAUUUCCUGUCUUGGGUUCUGAAAAAUUCUGAAAUAUUGGCAUGUUGAGUAUGUUUCCCUUGUAAGGUCUGGUCCACUAAAAACACCUACGGAGCUUUCCGUUACAGAUUUCUUCAGCAUUCAGUUGUCUUACGUAUAGUUCUGAGCUUGUGUUCGCUUUAGGCCCAGGUGUGGCUGGAAAACCCAAUUUCUUUACUAGUACAGCAGCUUUUGUCCACCAUUCCAACAAUGAGCAGUUUUUCCUGGUGGACCAUUCCUUAAAUAUAUUGCCAGUAAUUUUUAGUAGGUGAAUCUGGCACUGGAAACAUUCUCAUUGCUUAAUCAAAUAUCCUCUUGUUUUCACACACAUUCUCAGACAGUGUGAAAAGUCAUUCAACAAGUGAUUUAGCGUCUGCUGAUUUUUUUUUUUUUUUUUUUUUUUUUUUUCUUUCAGUUGAGUAAAGACAUAAAUUUUUUUUUUUUUUUUUAAAAAGCCAUGGCAGUGAAUCAUUUUGCUUUUGUUUUUCCCCCAGUGUAUAAAUUUAUUAAAAGUGUUUUCCCUUCUAAUAUGAUUAAGCCAUGUAUUAUACAUAUAUAAAAACUGCUUUUUUCUUGUCUUUUUUUUUGUUUUGGUUCUGUACAAACUGAAUUGGAAAAUUGUUAAUAAAAUCAAUUUGCUGGUUUGUA